GCUCGGGGAGGUUGGUUGGAGCGUCGCCACAGUCGAAAGGUCCGGGAAAGUUUCUUUGGAGGUCCGGCCCCGAGCGGCCAUGUCCCACGGCCCCAAGCAGCCCGGCGCGGCCGCCGCGCCGGCGGGCGGCAAGGCUCCCGGGCAGCAUGGGGGCUUCGUGGUGGCUGUCAAGCAGGAGCGCUGUGAGGGUCCGCGGGCCGGCGAGAAGGGGUCCCAUGAGGAGGAGCCGGUGAAGAAGCGCGGCUGGCCCAAAGGCAAGAAGCGGAAGAAGAUUCUGCCAAAUGGGCCCAAGGCACCGGUUACUGGCUAUGUGCGCUUCCUGAACGAGCGGCGGGAGCAGAUCCGCACUCGCCAUCCCGACCUGCCCUUUCCCGAAAUCACCAAGAUGCUGGGCGCCGAAUGGAGCAAGCUGCAGCCAGCGGAGAAGCAGCGGUACCUGGACGAGGCGGAGAAGGAGAAGCAGCAGUACCUGAAGGAGCUGCGCGCAUACCAGCAGUCUGAGGCCUACAAGGUGUGCACGGAGAAGAUACAGGAGAAGAAGAUCAAAAAAGAGGAUUCGGGCUCCGGGCUCAUGAACACUCUCUUGAAUGGACACAAGGGCGGAGACUGCGACGGCUUCUCCACCUUCGAUGUUCCCAUCUUCACUGAAGAGUUUUUGGACCAAAACAAAGCACGGGAGGCGGCUCGGCGGCUGCGGAAGAUGAACGUGGCCUUCGAGGAGCAGAACGCCGUGCUGCAGAGGCACACGCAGAGCAUGAGCAGCGCACGCGAGCGCCUGGAGCAGGAGCUGGCGCUGGAGGAGCGGCGGACGCUGGCGCUGCAGCAGCAGCUCCAGGCAGUGCGCCAGGCGCUCACCGCCAGCUUCGCCUCGCUGCCAGUGCCAGGCACCGGUGAGACCCCGACGCUCAGCACUCUGGACUUCUACAUGGCGCGGCUGCAUGGCGCCAUUGAGCGGGACCCCGCCCAGCACGAGAGGCUUAUUGUCCGCAUCAAGGAAAUCCUGGCCCAGGUCGCCAGCGAGCACCUGUGAGGGGCAGGUGGCCUGUGAUCCAGAGAAGCAGCUCUGGGCGCUGCUUUCCCCACCCCCACCAGAUGGAAGAGAGGCUGGGCAUCUGCCCUUUGGGGCCAGGCCCCAUGCUGCACCUUGGGGGCUUUAGCCCCCCUAAAAUUAAAUUUCUACAGCAUCUCUUUAGCUUUCAACCUCCCCAGUCCCUGAAUCCAGAGAAAGCACCAGCUACUGGAGAUGUGCCCAGAGCACAGGGCCACAGGGCCCUUCACACUACAGGACAGACCCACACCCUCCCACGUGGGAGCUACCAGGUUGCCCCCUGCACAAUCCGGACCCCAGAUUGCUCACCUCUGGGCUACCUGACGUGGCACGUGGGCAGGGAGGCACUGGGGAGAUAGCCUUACAGUUGCGGGGAUGAGAAGGACCCCUGGGAUCCCUUCCCUCUGGCAGGGAGACUGGGCCCUCCUGGAAACAACCCCUUCCUACACUCAAUCCAGACCUUUUAAAUAAAAACAAGUGGAAUAUGUGUUCCAAGCUUGUGAGCGUGUAGCUUUCAGGGGUGGGCCAGGAGGUAUACCCACCCAGGAUCCCCUAUUUUAUCUCUUUUGGGGGUACCAGGCCUGCCCUCUUACCUCUGGCAGAGCCCUGUUUUUUCAGAUGGAGAAACUGAGGUCCAGGCUUGGCUGGGCUCAUAGAGGAAGACAGGUCACCCAUCCCCCACCCUGUUGGAUUAGGCACACGCUGGAGACUUGGGGUCCAGGGGCUGGUGCUUGACCACUUGGUUCAUCCUUGGACUGCUCUUCCUGACCUCCCCAUGACAUAAACUUGGCUGCUAAGUUGUGUUA